CAAAAUUUUAGAGAAACCCAAGAUACUUCGUGUACCUGCCUGUGAAGAAAAACUUCAAAAUCUCAAAACACAGAGACCCAAUCUGCCGAGCGACAACAGCUGGAGAACACGGCCGAGUAAAGACAGUCUUUCUUUUCAGUCGCAAACUGCUAUCUCCCCCCUUUACUCCACCAAUAACAACGGACUCACCACACAACUUCAAGCGCAAAUAUUGGGGAAUCCGCAAACCAGCUGUCGAGGGGGGGGGGCGGCUCUUUUUCCGGUCCCGGAUGUCACAAGAAAAAAAAACCCACACAACGUUGAGUCGUGGUCGCGUUAGACCAGCUGUACACUUCAGUCAUUGGCUGGAUUCCACGUCAGUCAAGGCUUCCUAGCGAUGCUAUUGGCCCGGAUGACCACACGCCCCAUCCCACCACUCCAUUCACACCCUGGCCCCUGUAAAGAUGGCUGACGUGGUGCAGCCUGACCCAAACAGCCUGCAGAUCCCGGGUGAUAAUUUAUCAGCCCCUUCGUCACCCGCCACAUCGAGAAAUGACUGCAGCAUCACGCCCCUCACACCCUCACCCUCGCCGAGGGUGGAGGUCAGACCCAGGAUGGCCUGUCCAUUCUCUGUUGUCGUGGCGAUAGAUUUUGGAACAACCUCCAGCGGCUACGCGUUUAGCUUCACACAGGACUCAGAGGCCAUACACAUGAUGAAGCGCUGGGAGGGCGGCGACCCUGGAGUAGCCAAUCAGAAAAGCCCAACGUGUCUGCUGCUGACUCCUGAUUUGCGGUUCCACAGUUUUGGGUUUGCGGCCCGGGACUUCUACCACGACCUGGACCCGGAGGAGGCCCAGCACUGGCUUUACUUCGAUAAAUUUAAAAUGAAGAUCCACAGCACAAGUGACCUCACCAUGGAGACAGAGCUGGAAGCGGUCAACGGACGGAGGGUCAGGGCCAUCGAGGUGUUUGCUCACGCCCUGCACUUCUUCAGGGAACAUGCUCUAAAGGAGGUGAAGGACCAGUCCUCAUCAGUGCUGGAAGGAGAGGAGAUCAGAUGGGUGAUCACUGUCCCCGCCGUGUGGAGACAACCCGCCAAACAGUUCAUGAGAGAGGCCGCAUACCUGGCUGGCUUGGUGACUCCCGACUGUCCGGAGCAGCUCCUCAUUGCUCUGGAACCAGAGGCUGCAUCUAUCUACUGCCGCAAGCUCCGCCUCCACCAAGUGAUUGACCUCAGCAUGCAGCCAAUCACAAACGGCCUCGAUCUGGACGGGUCCCGGCCCUUUGACUCCAGCUUCAGACAAGCGAGGGAGCAGUUGAGGCGAUCCAGACACAGCAGGACUUUCCUGGUUGAGAGUGGAACCGGAGAGCUUUGGUCAGAGUUGCAGACUGGUGACAGGUAUAUUGUUGCAGACUGCGGAGGAGGAACAGUUGACCUGACUGUCCAUCAGAUCGAGCAGCCGCAGGGAACACUCAAAGAGCUCUACAAGGCUUCAGGCGGUCCGUACGGGGCUGUCGGUGUAGACCUGGCCUUUGAAGCCAUGCUGUGCCAGAUCUUUGGCGAGGACUUCAUCCAAAGCUUCAAAGCCAAGCGUCCGGCCGCUUGGGUGGACCUCACCAUCGCAUUCGAGGCGAGGAAGCGGACAGCGGCGCCAGGCAGGGCCAACGCCCUCAACAUCUCCCUGCCCUUUUCUUUCAUUGAUUACUACAAGAGACACAGAGGGCAGAGUGUGGAGGCCGCCCUGAGGAGGAGCAAUAUGAACAUAGUGAAGUGGUCAUCCCAGGGGAUGCUGCGACUGACCCAGGAAGCCAUGAACGAGCUCUUCCAGCCCACCAUUGUCAAUAUUGUCAAACACAUUGAGGAGCUGAUGGCGAAGCCUGAGGUACGCGGCGUGCGUUUUCUCUUCCUGGUUGGAGGUUUUGCAGAGUCCCCCAUGCUGCAGAAAGCAGUCCAGAAGGCACUGGGGCGGACGUGCCGCAUCAUCAUCCCCCAUGACGUUGGUCUGACCAUACUGAAGGGUGCCGUGCUCUUUGGGCUGGAUCCCACUGUGGUCCGGGUGCGCCGAUGCCCCUUGACCUAUGGCGUUGGCGUGUUGAACAGGUUUGUGGAGGGGCGUCACCCUCGAGAUAAACUCCUUAUCAAAGAUGGCCGUGAGUGGUGCACCGACAUCCUCGACCGCUUUGUCUCUGUCGACCAGUCGGUGGCUCUGGGCGAGGUCGUGAGGCGCAGCUACACGCCUGCUCGUCUGGGCCAACGGAAAAUCAUCAUCAAUAUCUACUGCAGCGCGACAGACGAUGUCACGUACAUCUCCGAACCCGGCGUCAGGAAAUGUGGGACGCUCACUCUAGACCUACCGGAACCGUUACCGCUACCGGGAGCGGUGGGAGGAGCAGCAGGCGGAGGCCCAGAGAGGAGGGAGAUCAGAGCGACCAUGCAGUUUGGAGACACAGAGAUCAAAGUCACAGCCGUUGACGUCAUGUCUAACCGUUCCGUCCGGGCGUCCAUAGAUUUCCUGUCCAACUGAGGAGGAAUAGGAAGUGGAGAUGAGGAUUUGAAAACACAGAAAUAACUGAUUCCAAGGAUGAUAAUUUUAGAAAAAGCGGUACUUUGGGAGUUGGCCUCAAAUAUUUUUGGAAGGUCAGGUGCUUAGCAUUCGAAGAAGAAACUCACACCUCAUAAUUAUUUAGGCUUUACAUUUAAUCAUUAGAUCAGAAAAAGAUCAUGAGAAGAACAAGUCGAAAACGGAACUGUAGGGUGCCCUCUCUGCACGGAAAAGAAGAAAUUAAUUUGUCCGCCUUCUGGCUUCAGCGGAGAGUUGUCCUGUCACACUUUAUAUAUGCUGUCACAGUCAUUUCCUGCCCACGGAAUCUUCCGAGGAACACUUGUGUGAAACCAAAUGCAAGCUGAAGGCUGAAUACAAAUCUCUAGUGCAGUGAGACAAACAGGUACCGUCGAAUUAUUCAACCUGUCCACGGAGUAUUUCAACUUCAGUAGACGCUUAAAACAGUUCCCUGGAGAGACACUACCUAAUGCAAUAAACUACCUAGAGCGAGACUCACUCAUGUAUGUGCAGUGUUGCCUUUUCCCUCAUAUAAUUAAUGUUACCUCAGUUAAAUCCUAUUUCAACGUUUGCGCACCACCUAGUGGUGAAAAGACUGAACUACCAGCUGAAAAAGCACCUUGGAAAAUCAGAGCUCUUGGAUAGAGCAAAACACAUCUAAGAGACAUAUGCCAGGAAGGACUGUGGCAUUAUUACAUAUACAGUUUGAACGCGUCGCUUACAAAGUCUUAAAAAGGGAUGUUUCAUCCAUACCCGUGUCUAAAUGAGGUUUCAGCAUUUACCCUGCAUGGGUGAGGCUGAACAUAUUUGGGCUGACCUGAUCUCUUUUGUCCAAAUCAGGAUAAGAGCUUUAACUUUACAAGUUUUUUUUUUUUUAAAGAUAUUUCAAAUGUUUCAAAACUUAUUGCAAAAAAAUUUAAGAUUAAACCUUUAUUAUUUGAUUUUUUUUGGCCACUUACGAGCAAUGAAUCAAGCUGUAAACUCAACAUUGAUAUACUCUUAUCAAGAUGUUGAAAAACAGUUGCCUAUUUACACAUCAAGACAAGUAAGAUUAGCAUUCGGGGGAACUGUAGAGUUGGUUCAAUAUGUGACCCCUUUCUCAUCACAAUUGGUAAUUUGAACCAUAAUAUACAAUUAUUGAUUAGUGCAGCUUUAAAGUGGGCACACUGGUAGCUCGCCUGGUUAGGCGCAUAACAUAAAUGGGAUGGCUGUGGCUCCGGUGGUAAAGUGGGUUAUCCACUUAUCACAGGGUUAGCAGUUCAGUCCCCAACCCCUCUAGUCCAUGUGCCAAAGUGUCCCAGGGCAAGACGAUGAACCCUUGUAAGUUGCUUUUAUCCAGGCGUCGGCCAAAUCAGUACAUGUAAAGUGACUUCCUGUAGAAAGAAAAGCUAAUGGGUGAAGGUCUCUUUUUUCUCCACCUUAAGACUUCACCCUGUCACAUCUAAGUCAGUGACUGACCAUUUAUGUGUAUGCUGUAAUCAACUGUAUCCAUGUUUAUGUAUAAAGUAACAAAAACUUAUGAACCACUGCAUCAUGUUCAACGCAUUGAAUCUUGUUUUGACCUGAUCUCUAGUUUAUUGUCUUUUAAACUGUGCAGGUUGCAGAGGGUUAAAAGAAAUCAUUCUCAAACUAAUUUUAUAAUACAUGGCCAAACACUUUUCAAAUAAGUACAAAUAAACGCACUUGUGCCUAUACCAUGUUUAAAAAAAUUUUUUUUUUUAAGUAAUGAUCAAUCACUUCACCACACAUUUUCACUCCACGUGCCAUUAGUGUAUUGAUAAAUUAUCAGGAAGAACAGUCAACACAGUAUAAUUUCAGCUGUGAAUUUAUUGAUGAGAAUGGUUCAAUAAAUAGUUUCACACAGCAUUACCAGUGAAUGGUUUAGAACUGCUCAAAAUCGUAUCAGUGCUUUACUUUCCAUGUUACACAAAUUGUGACGUAACAGAAAAAAAAAAAACCAAAUCAGAAAUUACUGAAUGGUUUUUUCAGGUCAGAGAGGAAGACCUGACCCUAAGGGGACAGGAGUGUGUUUAUUUCAAAACCAAGGGGGGUUGAUUCUUGAUCGAUUCUUCUUUUAUUUCAAAAUCAUUUCUCUUUAAAAUUGCCACGGUUGGAACAAUACAGUGCGUGAAAUGUUUAACAGAUGUUAGAAAGUCAAAGCUUCUGUAAGAAAAAACUACUGGAGAAAAACAAAGACAACACAAGAAACGUCAACCAUCUUUGACAAAGUCCAAAGAUUCCGUCUUGAAAUUGCUAGAUGAACUUCUCUUUUCCCCUCUUUUGUUUGUCUCAUUACACCUGUCAUUUGCAAUGUGCUGCGACUGGUUACAAACCUCAUUUUAUCUAGAAUUCAAAUCCAAAUUCAGGUCAAACAUGUCAAGAUACAUUCAACACAAUCAUUGUCUGCAUCUUUGUUUAAAUGUAACCUGACCUGUACUGAAGACACAAUCUUCUAUCUGCAUUUAGAUUUUACUCCCAGUUUAAAAUGGGGUUUUGUUCCUGCCUCCUCUUAGUGAGCAUGAGGUCUCCCACGGCCUCUGCCCCUGCCACCACCUGGAGGUGCAUCCACAGAGCUGCGGGGAUUCUUGAUCGUCUCAUCGACCGACAGGAUGAGGCAGGCUGCCUCUGACGCUGCUGUCAGAGCGUUGAUCCGCACAACGGACGGCUCCCAGACACAGGCAGUGAAGUUGUCUGCAAUGUCCUCAUUGUUGAUGUCCACACCAUACCACAUACCGCCCUGCAGUGAGAUAAGAGCGAUGAAGCAUACAAAGAGCUGAAGGCAUGCUUCUAAAAUUGAAGACCAUAAAAGCGCCCUUAUACAGAGUGCCUUACCACAAAUGUUUUGCAGGAUUACACAAGCCUGUGUUUUCUAGUCCUACCUGUGCGUGUUUCGCGCGCAGUUUGUUCAGGAUGUUGGUGGCAUCAAAGCCGGCGUUGUCACACAGCUGUCUGGGGAUGACCUCCAGGGCCUUGGCGUACGCUCCAAUCAACAGCUGCUGUUUUCCAGGGAUGGUCCUGGAAUAAUCCCGCAGGUACUUUGACAGCUCCAUCUCUAUGGCUCCUCCACCCGCUACAACAGAGUCAUUCUGGAAACAAUAAAAAAAAUUAAAUACAUUCGGCUUGUUGCCUUCAGUGUGGACAGCAGGGCCGACUAUUUAAACUGAAUUAAGGUUCUAGAUCCAGUAAAUAUUAAUAUAAGAUCAACCAACCAAUUUGGCUUAUCAAAAAAUAAAUAAAUUACAAUAAAUUAAAAACAAAAGUCAAAUUCAUCAAAAAUUAAACAAAAUGAAACGGAAUCAAAUAAUAAGACGCCUUAUUCGUUAAAAAUUGUACCCACGUUUGAAAAUGUUGAAUUAUCUGGAUCAUUCUGGCAAUAGAACCACAAUGCACUUACUUAUAUGGGUAUUAUUGGCCAGUUUCUUUUUAAAUUAGUUACAAUCAAAACUCACACUUCAAUAUAAGUACAAUGUAAAACAAAAUCAUAUUGUAACGAAUCUGAAUCAAAUUUGAAUCUCACUGGUUUGUAUUAAAUAUGCUACAAGUUUGCAUAAAUUUAGCAUCAAGGAGAGGAAGAAUUACCAAAUGGGGAAUUAAAAAAAAACAAA